CUGUUAUAUUUUUGCAGUUGAUGGCCUUUUUCCUGUUUCAAUUUCUUCUAAGCAGUUCAGCAUUUACUUAGUUGAUAUCCUAGCACCAGACUAGUUGCUCACUUAAGCAUGAAACUGACAGUAUUUUUUGCGGUCAUAAUUUUGGCUUAUGCCUUAGCAUGUUUUGCAUAUCCUGCAAAAAUUUCGAAAGGAAAAAAAGCAGGACCUGCAAAAGCUAAAAAUGUCAAGCGAAGUACCUCAAAACGUUCAGCUUCGGAAGAAGAAAAUCUUGAAACAUGCACAACAGACGCACAGUGCCCACCAGGUACUAUUUGUUUAGAAGUUAGUUCCAGCGAAAGCAAAAGUUCUGAAGUUAGUUCCAGUGAAAGCGAAAUGGGUCACAGUGGAAGGAAAUGUUAUCCCUCUCCUGGCAUCUGCGAAUCUUCCCCGUGUUUGAACAAUGGCACAUGUAUUGAUAAUGAGAAUGGUACAUUUACAUGCAUAUGUGAAACUGGUUUUACUGGUACAAAUUGUUCAGAUUCUACAGCAGAAGGACCAUGUCCACCUGGAUGGAUCUUGAACAGCGGUAGUUGUUAUUUGUUUAGUUCAACAUCGAAGACCUGGAUAGAUGCUGUUGCUGACUGCAAUGCCACAGGUGGAUACUUAGUAGAGACCAAUGAUGGAGGAGAAUUUGAAUUUGUGAGGGAUUAUUAUAUUGAUGUUUACGCGUUCUGGAUUGGCUUGAAUGAUAGGACAACUGAGGGCACAUACGCUUGGUCUAGAAGUGGAAGCAUAGUGUCUUACUACAAUUUCUCUAGCAAUGGAAACUACAAUAGUGAAGAUUAUGACUGUGUUUUCAUCGUAUAUGAUUAUAUGUAUUUCACUAAUUGCGGUUUAUUUAAAAAAUACAUUUGUGAAAUGGAAGCUACUGGUGAUGUUUAAACCUAGCUAAUUAGCCGAGGGAGAAGUAAGCUUUGGAGAACAUAAACCAGAAAACUUGUCUUGGAAAAGUUUGACACUAUCUUAGUAGAAUAUGUCAAUGGACUGAAACGUUUUCAUUACAUUAUGUAAACGGAUGGAGACAGUUUCCUUACAUUAUGUCAAUGGAUCAAGACCAUUUCCUUACAUUAUGUCAAUGUAAAAAUUGAAACCAUUUCUUUACAUGAUGUUAAUGGAUUGAGACCUUUUCUUAGCAUUAUGUCAGUGGGGUUAAACCUUUUCUUUACUUUAUGUCAGUGGGUUUAAACUUUUGUUACAUUAAACUUUUGGUUGAAACGUUUGUUAAAUUAUGUCAGUGGAUUGAAACCUUUUCUUUACAUUAUGUCAGUGGGUUGAAACUUUUGUUACAUUAUGUCAGUGGAUUGAAACCUUUUCUUCACUUUAUGUCAGUGGGUUUAAACGUUUUCUGUACAUUAUGUCAGUGGAUUUAAAUAUGUCAGUGGGUUGAAACCUUUUCUUUAAAUUAUGUCAGUGGAUUGAAAUUUUUUCUUUACAUUAUGUCAGUGGGUUGAAACUUUUGUUAAAUUAUGUCAGUGGAUUGAAACCUUUUCUUUACUUUAUGUCAGUGGGUUUAAUCUUUUGUUACAUUAUGUCAGUGUAUUGAAACCUUUUCUUUACAUUAUGUCAGUGGGUUUAAACGUUUUCCAUACAUGAUGUCAGUGGAUUGAAACCUGUUCUUUAAAUUAUGUCAGUGGGUUGAAACCUUUUCUUUCAAUUAUGUCAGUCGGUUGAAACCUUUUGUUUACAUUUUGCCAGUGGAUUGAAACUGUUUUUAGCUCAUCUGAUUUUUUGAAAAAAAAAUGAUGAGUUAUUGUCAUCACUUGAGCGGUGUCGGCGUUGCCUGGUUAAGUUUUAUGUUUAGGUCAGCUUUUCUCUUAAACUGUCAAAGCUAUCGCUUUGAAACUUGGAACACUUGUUCACCAUCAUAAGCUGACCCUGUAUAGCAAGAAACAUAACUCCAUCCUGCUUUUUGCAAGAUUUAUUGGCCCUUUUGUACUUAGAAAAUAUCAGAUUUCUUGGUUAAGUUUUAUGUUUAGGUCAACUUUUCUCCUAAACUGUCAAAACUAUUGCUUUGAAACUUGCAAAACUUGUUCACCAUCAUAAGCUGACCCUGUACAUUAAGAAACAUAACUCCAUCCUGCUUUUUGCAAGAAUUAUUGCCCCUUUUGGACUUAGAAAAUCAGUUUUCUUGGUUAAGUUUUAUGUUUAGGUCAGCUUUUCUCCUAAACUAUUAAAGCUAUUGCUUUAAAACUUGCAACACUUGUUCACCAUCAUAAGCUGACCUUGUACAGCAAGAAACAUAACUCCAUCCUGCUUUUUGCAAGACACUUGAGCGGUGUCGGCGUCUGCGUCGGUGUUGCCUGGUUAAGUUUUAUGUUUAGGUCAGCUUUUCUCCUAAACUAUCAAAGCUAUCGCUUUGAAACCUGGAACACUUGUUCACCAUCAUAAGCUGACCCUGUAUAGCAAGAAACAUAACUCCAUCCUGCUUUUUGCAAGAUUUAUGGCCCCUUUUGGACUUAGAAAAUAUCAGAUUUCUUGGUUAAGUUUUAUGUUUGGGUCAACUUUUUCUCUUAAACUAUCAAAGCUAUUGCUUUGAAACUUGCAACACUUGCUCACCAUCAUAAGCUGACCCUGUACAGCAAGCAAGCAAGCAACAUAACUCCAUCCUGCUUUUUGCAAUAAUUAUUGCCCCUUUUGGACUUAGAAAAUCAUUUUCUUGGUUGAGUAUUAUGUUAAGUCAACUUUUCUCAUAAACUAUCAAAGCUAUUGCUUUAAAACUUGCAACAGUUUUUCACCAUCAUAAGCGGACGCUGUACAUCAAGAAACAUAACUCUAUUCCUGCUUUUUGCCAGAAUGAUGGCCCUUUUUAGUCUUAGAAAAUCAUGGGUAGGGCAAUAUUUCUAUUAUACAAAAAAAUCAGAUGAGCGUCAGCACCCGCAAGGCGGUGCUCGUUUUAAAUUAUGUCGAUAGAUUUAAACUUUUUUACAGUAUGUCAGUGGAUUGAAACCUUGGAUUUAAACGUUAAAUUUUGUCAGUGGGUUGCAAACCUGUUCAUUGAAAUUCUCUACAUAUAUAUUGAAUUUGAAAAACAUUAAAUACAUAUUAUAUUGAAAAAUAAGACACUUAUUCCUGAUUCUUAAUAAUAAAAGCAUUUCAAA